AACCGUCGAAAUAAAAUCUCGUCUCAACAUUUCAGUACGGUAUUUACAUCCGAAACGUUCCAAACAAUAAUGGCGUCAAAACGAGAUCGGAUAAAUUUGACAGUUGCCGAAAGAAACGAAACCCUUAUGAUGGGAGAAAGAAAUAAAGAUCUAGAACCCAUAAUGGCAAAGUACGGUAUUUCACAAGCCAAAGUUUAUCGUAUAAUUACAAUGAGUGAAAGGAUUAAAAGACAAUUCGAGACCUGCGAGGAGUUUGGGCGAUUUCCAAAACGUUUAAGAAGACAUACAGCGGAUGUAGAUAGAGUUGUUCUCUACUGGUACUUACGAUCCAGUUCCUCUUGGUUGAAAAAGUUUAAAAAACGUUACAAUAUUACUCUUACGAAUAUCAAGAUAAAUGUGUCAACUGCAGAUGAAAUCUCUUUCUGGGAAGUUUAUGCAGCUUGUAUUAACUCUAUGAUGCAACGCAGUAACUGCGCAUUGAAGAACGUUUACAAUGUCGUUUAUACAACAAUGAUGUGGAAAGUAUUACCAGAAAAAACUUCUUUUUUCAACAGUGAGGAGUCGGUAGAAAGCCUAAAAAUGUGCGAAGAUCACGUUACUGCACUUAUUUGUGCAAAUGCUACCGGAUGUCACAAGUUGCCAAUAGUAAUAAUCGGUAGCGAUCCGGAUAUUUAUAAUGUAUACUCUUACACUACACAACACUUCUCAACUAUCUACAAAUCAAACACAAAUGCUUGCAUGAACAGUACCAUUCUCAAACAAUGGUACGAUGAAAUUUUCUUAGAAUCAAUUAAAGAAAGACAACGAGAGAACAACAGCGAGGAGGAAUAUUUCUUGUUACUAGGUAAUGGUAUGUUGGAUUACAAUGUCAAGGAACUUAAUCAUAUAGAUAAAUUCGUUACAAUUAAGAUUCCUCCAUUUUACGCAUCACCACUCAGACAACCAAUGAAUCGUGGAAUAAUCACAUGUUUCAAGCGAAAGUACCGAAUAGAAUUUUUGGAAGCAAUAAGGCCAAUAUCUUCUGAGGGGAUUGCGAAGCAAAAUGUGAUAAACCUCUAUAAAGAUUUAGACAUGUGGGAUUGCUGCCGCAUUGUACAUGAUGCUUGGUUAAGUGUCGACAAUGCAACACUGACAUACGCGUGGGAGGAACUUUUGAUGCCUAAACAUAUACAGAGUAUGAAAUGCACAAAAAGUUUUGAUGCUGACAUACGUAGAGCAGUUCAAUUGCUGCAUAAAUUACCUGGAUGCGAAGAGUGCGAAGAAAAAGAUGUGAUUAACUGGUUUCGUAUUGAAAGCAAAUAUGAUACAGACAUGAAGGUGUGUGACGAAGAAGUUCUUCAAAAAUUAGAAAACCAUAUUCUGGGUCAGGUGAAUAGAGAUAUUAGCGGCGAUGAAGUUGGACCUUCUCAUGCGUAGCUUUCAAGAAAGAGCUAACAUGGUUUGAAACACAAAAUGAAAGUAACUCGGUGGAAUUGCUUCUAUUAAAACAUGUGUAUUAAAAUGUAUAUUAAGAAAUAUAAUAUGAUUUAGCGAUAAGAAAUUGUGGAACCCGUAUAGUUUUAUGUAGCGUUCAAUUGUAUGCUUGUACCAUUUGGUUUGAAGUACAGGAAAAGCUGUUGUUCUAUAAUUCAAACACAUUUAUCCUUAUUAGUUCCGGUAAUCAAGAUUCUGUUAUAUAUGGAAGACAAGGAAAGACGUGCAAUGGUAUUCUUGUAUUUACGUUCUCUUUGAACUUUAUACUUUGAAUUUGGCAAAUUAGAGUUAAAGUAACUGUUAAAUUAAAUGUUUAUUGGGAAUAUAGAGAUGGAUCGGCGAAUGUAUUAAACAAAUAUAUUGUCGCACAAAUAAAUGAUGAUGACCUUAAAAUCAUAUUUAAAAAAGGUCUUCUAGGAAAAACAUUAUCUACCAAAUAGCAUAACCUUUCCCUACGUAGUUCUUUUCAUAAUAUUAAUAACGUUGUUAUUUAGGUGUCCCGAUUUAUGUAUCCCAUUCUGUAUUUCAGCGGAUAUUUAUCAGUGCGAGUACCUACCAAAGCCGGUUGAUACGCGAAUAAUAUGUGCGAAACUUGAAUCGAAAUUAAAUUUAUAUUCAUAUAGUUAUAUAGUAUAAAAAUAAAUACAUAUACACAAA